AUGAGUUCUGACUAUUCCAAACAAUAUGCGGAUUUUAUAGGGGCGCUUGAAAAGCUCUUCCACAUAAAAUCUAAUGAACCUAUCGAAAAUAUGUGCAGUAUAAUUACAAAUACUUUGAUUUCGAAGUAUCAACUUUCAAUCAAGCAACUUACAAAGUUAAUUCAUGAGGCAAUUAGAUACAAUUAUGGAUCCGGAGCGAAUUACGUCAAAAUACUCGAACAGAUCGGGGCUGACCUCACCAGAGUAUCGGAUUAUCAUUUUGAAACGGAGGGUUCGAUUAAAUUUAUAGUUAUGCAUGAUCAAAUUGAUAAGUUCAAGGAAUAUUUAACUCAAAAUUCAAUAUCUGGUGAUAUUUUUCUCGAAAUUCCUAAUUUCAGGAACAAUCCUUACGAUAUGGAUUAUUUUGCAGAGUUAUCACUAAUUGAAGCAUGCGCAUACUUUGGAUCUGUUAACAUUUUUUAUUUCUUAACCUCAAAUCAUAUUAGUGAAAUAACUGAAAAUUGUCUUUGCAGCGCAAUAAUUGGAGGAAAUCAAGACAUCAUCAACGAAUGCUUGAAAAAACAUAAAAUGGAUAUUGAUUGUCUCAGAAGCAUUAUAAGAACACACAAUCACAAAUUGCUUGAAUAUGUUUUAGAUAAUGAGAUAUUCGAGCUUGAUGAUUUAUACGGUGAGGAUUGGAAAUGGGAAAAAGAAGAGAAUUGGAUGUAUGAUGCAAGCUAUAAACCUGUUUAUGAAGAUAUCAUCAGAUAUCAAAACCUUAAUGCCGUAUUUCUUCUAUUCAAAAGGAACAAAUAUUACAUCUUUCCAUGGGGUGCUGCAUUUCCGCAAACAAUAGAUAUUUUCAAAAACAAUACAUUUUCAAACAAACAUAAUCACACUAAAUAUGGAAUUAUUUAUUUUGCAAGUAAAGCGCAAAAUUCUAAUAUUGGCAGAUUAUUACUUGAGUCAUACAAUCAAAUAAUAAUCGACAAUAAUGAAGGAGAUGAUGAAUGUAUUUCACAUGGAGCAAAUAUCAAUGAAAAAGACAAACAUGGAAAAACCGCUCUUCAUUAUGCAGCAAUUAAAAAUAGUAAAGAAACAGCUGAACUUCUUAUUUCACAUGGUGCGAAUAUCAAUGAAAAGGAUAAUAAUGGAAAAACCGCUCUUCAUUUUGCAGCAAAAUAUAAUAGUAAAGAAACAGCUGAACUUCUUAUUUCACAUGGUGUAAAUAUCGAUGAAAAAUAUAAUUACGGAGAAACCGCACUUCAUAUUGCAGCAGAACAUAAUAGUACAGAAACAGCUGAAUUUCUUAUUUUACAUGGUAUAAAUAUCAAUGAAAAAGAUGAAUAUGGACAAACCGCUCUUCAUUUUGCAGCAAUUAAAAAUAGUAAAGAAACAGCUGAACUUCUUAUUUCACAUGGUGCGAAUAUCAAUGAAAAAGGUGAAUAUGGAAAAACCGCUCUUCAUUUUGCAGCAGAAUCUAAUAGAAAAGAAACAGCUGAAGUUCUUAUUUCACAUGGUGCGAAUAUCAAUGAAAAGGAUAAUGAUGGACAAACCGCUCUUCAUUUUGCAGCAGAAUAUAAUAGUACAGAAACAGCUGAAUUUCUUAUUUCACAUGGUAUAAAUGUCAAUGAAAUAGAUUAUGAUGGACAAACCGCUCUUCAUGCUGCAGCAAUAAAUAAUAGUAAAGAAACAGCUGAACUUCUUAUUUCACAUGGUAUAAAUAUCAAUGAAAAAGAUAAUGAUGGACAAACCGCACUUCAUAUUGUAGUAAUUAAAAAUAGUACAGAAACAGCUGAACUUCUUAUUUCACAUGGUGCAAAUAUCGAUGAAAAAUAUAAUUACGGAGAAGCCGCUCUUCAUUUUGCAGCAAAAUAUAAUAGAAAAGAAACAGCUGAAGUUCUUAUUUCACAUGGUGCGAAUAUCAAUGAAAAGGAUAAUGAUGGACAAACCGCUCUUCAUUUUGCAGCAAAAUAUAAUAGAAAAAAAACAGCCGAAUUUCUUAUUUUACAUAGUGCGAAUAUCAAUGAAAAGGAUAAUGAUGGACAAACCGCUCUUCAUUUUGCAGCAAAAUAUAAUAGUAAAGAAACAGCUGAACUUCUUAUUUUACAUGGUGCAAAUAUCAAUGAAAAGGAUAAUGAUGGACAAACCGCUCUUCAUUUUGCAGCAAAAUAUAAUAGAAAAGAAACAGCUGAAUUUCUUAUUUUACAUGGUGCAAAUAUCAAUGAAAAGGAUAAUGAUGGAAAUACUGCUCUUCAUAUUGCAGUAGAGAAUAAUCUUAAAGAAAAAGCAGAUCUUCUUAUUUCACACGGUGCAAAUAUCGAUGAAAAAUAUAAUUACGGAGAAGCCGCUCUUCAUUUUGCAGCAAAAUAUAAUAGAAAAGAAACAGCUGAAGUUCUUAUUUCACAUGGUGCGAAUAUCAAUGAAAAGGAUAAUGAUGGACAAACCGCUCUUCAUUUUGCAGCAAAAUAUAAUAGUACAGAAACAGCCGAAUUUCUUAUUUUACAUAGUGCGAAUAUCAAUGAAAAGGAUAAUGAUGGACAAACCGCUCUUCAUUUUGCAGCAAAAUAUAAUAGAAAAGAAACAGCUGAAUUUCUUAUUUUACAUGGUGCAAAUAUCAAUGAAAAGGAUAAUGAUGGAAAUACUGCUCUUCAUAUUGCAGUAGAGAAUAAUCUUAAAGAAAAAGCAGAUCUUCUUAUUUCACACGGUGCAAAUAUCAAUGAAAAAGAUGAUUACGGACAAACCGCACUUCAUAUUGCAGUAAAUAAGAAUUACAAAGAAAUAUCCGAACUUCUUAUUUCACAUGGUGCGAAUAUCAAUGAAAAGGAUAAUGAUGGACAAACCGCUCUUCAUUUUGCAGCAAAAUAUAAUAGAAAAGAAACAGCUGAAUUUCUUAUUUUACAUGGUGCAAAUAUCAAUGAAAAAGAUAAAAAGGUAAAAACUGCUCUUCAUAUUGCAGCAGAAAAUAAUUUUAAAGAAAUAGCAGAUCUUCUUAUUUCACAUGGUGCAAAUAUCAAUGAAAAAAAUAAACAUGGAAAAACCGCUCUUCAUGCUGCAGCAAUAAAUAAUAGCAAAGAAACAGCCGAACUUCUUAUUUCACAUGGAGCAAAUAUCAAUGAAAAUGAUAAUUACCUGUAA